GUCCUGGAAGUUGUGGUUAAGGAUUCCAGAGUAGCGACAACUACAACAACCGGUUUGACGAAGUAACGCGGUAAUAACGAUGUUUAGAGUUAAUUAACAGUACAGGUGUGCGGUUUUUGUUUGAACUCAGAGACGAAGGAGCAAGUAUUGUAGUUGUCGUCGCCAGCAGCGCAGAAAUGUACCGUGAACACUUGUUUGGGAGUGGACCUUCGUGAAUGAACUUCAGAAACUUUGGUAACCCAGCCUGCAGAGUCUGUGAAUAGGAGCAGCGUGUGGGUCGUGUGCUGGAAAACUAAACCGUAAACUUAGGUCGUGCCUUAUUCAACGGGACAUUGUAUUUUAAUCUCUCACAUUGUCACAUAAACAAGUUCAUCAAGUGAAAGUGGCAGAGCAUGUCAGCAUCAACAGCAGCGGCCAGCUCAUCCCAACAGCGGGUUAAACACAGCCGCUCCCCUACCACAGCCUCCUGCGCUUCUUGUAGCAGCAACACCACCGCGGUCCGGUUGCAACCUAUCCGCGCCACGGUGCCGUACCAGCUUUUGCGUGGAAAUCAACACAGCCCAACCCGCACCGCUUCCUCCUCCUCCUCAGUAGCCGGGAGCAACACAGGACCGACGACGUCCCGUUGCUCCAGUCCCGCCAACCCGAGUGGAAGCGGCUCGGACGGCAGGCUGGUCCCCAAGCAGAGACUUUCACCGCCGGAUAGCAGAAGCUCACCUGAACGCUCUCCAUAUUCGCCAGGUCCCAAAGUUGAAAGGACAAAGUCACAGCAGGUGCACAGUUUGGGGGCCGUUGGGCGGACUUCCUCCUUGGGCACUAUCACUGGGCCCUACCUCACCGGACAGUGGCCUCGUGACCCCCACGCGCUCUACCCAUCUUGUAUGAAAGAUAAAUCCACACAGACCCCUGGAUGUUGGAGUGACGAAACCAGAAAGAAGAGGAGCACCCACCAGCGCUCUGCGUCCUGGGGCAGCGCCGACCAGCUCAAAGAGCAGAUUGCCAAGCUUCGGCAGCAGCUCCAGCGCAGGAAACAAGGAGGACGUCACAGUAAAGACAAAGACCGACUGUCCCCCCUCCAGUACAGCACCAUCCCCUGCCCCACCCUCACCAGCACUACUAACCACACCUCCACAGCCAGCCACGUUCAGCACUUUUCCAUGUCGAAGUCGGCUCAGAUGCCGCUGUCCAACAUCACAGUGCCAAAGCCCUCCAUCUCGAGGGUGCCCAGCAGCAUGGAGGGCAUCAACCACGAGCUGGAGAAGGUCUUCAUCAAAGACAACGGGGAGAAGGAGGAGCUCAAGUCCCUGGAGGUCCCUGACGGCCGGCGAGCACCCUUCCCUCCCCAGCAGCGCAGCAGCAGCACCCGCAGUGUGGACACCCAGACUCCCUCGGUCCCCGGCCGGUCCAGCAGCUGCUCCAGCCUGUCGCCCUGCCCCUCGCCAGCUUGCCCACCUGGAUCGCACGACGGCAGCCCCUACUCCACAGAGGAUCUACUGUACGACCGGGAUAAAGACAGUGGAAGCAGCUCACCACUGCCCAAGUUCGCCUCCUCGCCCAAACCCAACAACAGCUACAUGUUCAAACGAGAGCCGCCAGAGGGCUGUGAGAAGAUUAAAGCGUUUGAGGAGAUGAGCUCGAGGCAGUCCACAUCGGCGUCGGUCCCUCUCUUCUCCUGCCCCGACAAAAACAAGGUCAACUUCAUCCCGACAGGGUCGGCAUUCUGCCCCGUCAAACUCCCCGGCUCGCUGCACCUUACCCCGGCCUCGGAGCCCGAAGAGGACGAGGACAGCGCGGGGGCGGGCCCCGGCUCAGAGCCCCAGGGGGCAACGCCAUUCUACGGCGCCCCCUCUCAGGUCUCCACGAGCACCAGCACAGAUGACCCUCCCGAGGAACCCGGCUCGCCCUCAGAGACUGCAGACCCUCAGACAGACAGCCCGGCCAUCAGCUAGACCUGAGCAGAGCUGGCCUCUGGCUCCGGGAUCCACGCUAGCGACCACCGACCAUCACCACUAACUGUCCCACCAACACCUCCCUCUGCUCUGCCAGGGGAGUCUCCGACUCUCUGUGCUGACCCCCCUCCAUUCCCUUCUGUCUCUGCAUGACGUAGCAACAAUGUCCCGAUUAACCACCACCACAAAGACCCGCCACCUUAAGGUUCUGUCCUGCAUAAUGUCUGAGCGGUUGUUGGUAGGGAAGGACCUGAUGGUUAAAGAUGAUCAUAUGCAGGCAUCGGAGGGAGGAAUGGAGCACUCUGGAUGGGAGGGGGAGGGGGAGGCAUGCAUUUUAAACUGGUAGUAUAUUUCUGAUUAAAUUAUGUGUUGUGUUCUGUUUCAACAAUCACAGUAUGAAUAAGCUCUCUAUAUUCAUAUGUACAUAUAUACAUAUAUGUGUAUAUAUGUAUGUAUAUAUACAUACACAUAUAUAUACAUACACAUAUAUAUACACACACAGAUACAUAUAUAUACAUGUGUGUACACAUAUAUACACAUGUAUAUAUGUGUUUGUGUAUAUAUACACACACAAAAGAAAGAAAAAUGCAAAAAUGCUUGUUUAAAAAAAAAAAAAAAAAAAAAUCCCAAACUGUGUAUUGCUGUGUUAUGUACUAAACAGGAAAAACAGCUGUACUCUUCAGGAUUAUGUUUACACUUUCCACUAUCCAGGUCACAUGAUUAAACCCUGUCUACACAAAAAAAAAAAAAAAAAGAAAAAAUGCAAAGAGCAAGUAAUUUGGACGAAGACUACAAAAACACAAAAAACGGCCGCAAAUUGGUUGCACGGUGUCUGCAUCUGGCCUCGAUUCAGGUAUUUCACAAUCAGAGUCUGUACUCAGGUAAUUUGGAAUGUAUGUCCAUAGAAAUGUCUGCAGCUUGACAAAGCAGAGCAGAUCCAACUGUCGUUUAUUCCUGUUUGUUUUUUUUUUUUGUUUGUUUUUUUUUCCUCUCAUUCCCAGACAAAUCAUUCCUUUCUGUUCCAGAGUCCUGGUCUGAGACUAGACCUGUGAUAGAAGCUGCAGAGGGUAAAAAAGAGGGGUGAAAAAGCAGAGGGGCGUCCCCCCCUCGUGGUUGUAGUUUUUUGGACUGGUGGUGGGAUACUGCGCGGACCACACGCACUGUGACCUGACCGGGCAUAUGUGGGCUGGGUGUAUACUGAUUCAAGCAUGCUGGACAGAGACUUGGAAGACAGUGGUAGUCUGUUAUUUAAGACUGUGUAACUGGCUCUUUUGAGGCCGUUGACAAGUGGUCAGAUCUGCAGUCCCGUCACAUUGGAAGUACAAUCAAACUGAAGCAUCUGGUUGUGUGUGUGUGUGUGUGUGUGUGCAGAUUGGAGGUGUAGUUGUACAAACAUCUUUUUGAGGUCGUUUUUUUUUUUUUUUUUAAAGUUGAAUCUCAGUCCAAGAAGCCGUUUCUUGUCACAGUACACACAGCAACAGCAGCACAAAUAGAGAAGAACCAUAACAGUAAUGUGAGUUACAGUAAAAGUGUAUUGAUGUGAGCGAGAGAACGUUCUAGUCAGUGUGUAAAAUAGUGUAACAGUAGCACAAGCUAAGAAUUAGCUGCUGCUCAUUAGCGCUGCCACUUGUCUGAACACAUGAAAACUAACUAACACCGUCGUUGGUGCUGGAUUCAAACACAACCCAGCCUGAUUCUAAAAUAUGUCGUUGAACGGAUGUUGCGUUCAAGUGCUGCUCCACCUGCUUUGUUUUGCUUUACUUGAACAGUAUUUGAUAAUCAUUGGUACAGACUCAUCUCUGUUGUUACCAAAAAAAAAAAAAAAAAAAAAAAAAGCAAGCCCUGGACAACGGUGGACGCAGCCACACGGUUGGACUCAAGCUAGAAACGAGGUCUAAACAAACAAGACGCAUGUUUGUACAACUUUUAUCUCCAGUCUGCAUUCAGGUGAUAUCCAAAACUUCGACUGUUCUGAUAAUCCGGAUAAUUGCUAUUCCAUUAAAUGCAUUCCAUCAGAUUUUUUUUUUUUAGCAUCCGAGACGUAAAUAGACUCAUGAUGAUUCCUUCUGAAAAUAUCUCUCCGCCUUUUGAUUUUGAUGGCUGGAGGAGAGUGGCUUUACAGCACUGAGAGAUGUUUGGUCGCAGAUAAGAGUAGCGCCUUCAUCUGUCCGAUGCACAGAUAAAAGGAUCACACCUGCCUGCCUGCCUCCCUCUCGCUGUCCGUCUCUUAUUACCGAGCAUCGUAGGCAUCCCGAUGCCACCACUAAGCAACAAAUCCCGCUGAACAUCUCCCGUACUCUUGUGCAAAACACCAUCCUCUGGGCUGUGAAAGGAGCGUCGCCAUGCCCGCGUGUAAAAUGAUCUGCCACUUUCAUUUGCAAGAGUGAAACAUAAUCCACAUUUAUUUUGAUAUCUGGUGUGCUUGUGGAAUCCCUGCAUUGAUGUUCCAUUCAUGUUUUUGCAUAUAUGUGGCUUUUAAAGAGACUCAAUGCAGUGUUGUGGUUUCUAAAGACAUUUCAGCACCUUACCAAGAGCUAUAGCUUUCCCAAUGCCCCACAUAUACUCGGCAUUGGUAAACUAGAUGUGUGCAAUAAUAGGGGAAAAAAAAAAAAAAACAACAAAAAAAAAAAGGUGUUGUCCUCCCGGAUGUUGUCCAUUCUUU